AUGCCAUCCAUAAAUAUGAAACUGGAGAUGGUGACCAUCAUCGCCUGCGAGGUCGACACCGAGGUGUUCACGUCUGACAAGAUGCAGGAGAGGUUUGAAGCCUUGUUUAGGAUCUACGACGAGCAGGUGACCUUCCAGAUGUUUAAAAGCUUCAGGAGAGUCCGGAUCAACUUCAGCACCCCAGAGGCGGCUGCCCGAGCCCGCAUCGAGCUGCACGAGUCGGAGUUCAAUGGCAAGAAAGUAAAACUCUACUUUGCUCAAAUCCAGAACGGCGAUGAGGACAUCGACAAGUCGUACCUGGCGCCUCCCCAGCCCGUCAAACAGUUUCUGAUCUCGCCACCUGCCUCGCCACCUGUGGGCUGGAGCCAGAGCGAAGACGCCACACCUGUCAUCAACUACGACCUGCUGUGUGCUGUAGCUAAGCUAGGACCUGGUGAAAAGUACGAGCUCCACGCAGGGACAGAGUCCACCCCCAGCGUGGUUGUCCACGUCUGCGAGAGCGAGACGGAGGAGGAGGAAGCAGUGCGGCCAAAGCAGCAGAUUGUCCAGACCAGACGUCCCGACGGGGCCCCCAAGGUCUUCAACUAAAGGGGGACCAUCUCGCCAGAUCUGGAAGCGGCCCACACCGACCGCCAUUUAAAAAAAACCUGCGACACACCUGCCCUCUCUCUCUCGUCUCUGCACUCACAGAGAGCGUUGAUGCGCCUCAUUUCAGUUCAACUCCAAGCAAAAACAAACAAACAUUGCUCGAAGAUGGUGUUUGUGGGGAGCGCGGCGACGGAAUGAGGCGGCUUGAAAGGGAAUGGAUGAGAAUUCACGCACACACACUCAUCACAUUCUGCGGACAGCGUUGGGGGAGUGGUUGGGCAUGCUUUGCCUCCGACUCACUGAACCCCCCCCCCCCCCCUUCCUCCUCCUCCACCCCCCCACUUCUGGUUUCCAACAAGAGGGGUCAAUUACCUGUCCCAACACAGGCACACCUGCCACAUAUCACACACGCUCAGCUCUCAUUGCUGAUCCCAGAUACACGCUCGCUUGUCCGUUAGCCUUUUAGCUUUCCCGUCAUGUGUACAAUAAUCUUCAGCUGAAAACGUGGAACACCUCAAUAUACAAACUUGCUUUUUCUUUUUUACAAUAAUUUGUGUUUUCACUUCUACAUAUAUAUAUAUAUGCAAAAUAUAUAUAUAAAAAAUAUGUAAUAUUUUUGUUUGUUUUUAUAUCUGCAGAUUUGCUGUUUCAGCUUGCAUCCAGAUUGUGUGAUGUUCUCAUGCUUUUCUGCAUGUAUAUACUGUAUUACACACACAAGAAAAAAGCAGAAAUACAUACUAGCAAGUUAAAUGAAGGUGGGUGGGGGGGAAACGCACCUAUUUAACAUCACACACAGCAGCAAGCGCCAUGUGUGACCAACAAAGUUGCGGUGGUUGUUUUUCUUUUKCUGCUUUUUCUUUUUUAAUCGAAGAAGUGUUUUGUUUGUUUUGUUCUUUUUUUCGCAGRGCUACUAGAUGUGUAUACAUGUAUUUAAUAACCCAACACUUUUUGCAUGCCUAGUUACUUGAGGGGAUGAGCAGCUGAGGUGUUCUUUUUUUAUUUUACUGUUUGUGAUGACAAGGAUGUGGUGUUGACGUAAGUGCAUACAUUCCCACGCAGAGUUCAAAGUGACGUCCAUACUGGGAAUAAAGGCUGAAAGGGGAUUUUCGUAAGACUGACAGAUGAGUAUUUGUUGCUUUUGUCAAGAUUUAAUGGCUUGGAGACUACUCAUCCCCAUUUGUUUUCGAUGAUGUCAUUUUCUGAUUCCUUGUUGUGUUUUCACACUCAUUAUUUUGUUUGAGCAACCUUUUUGAAUCACGUURCUUAUAAAACUGCUUGUUUUGCACUGAGGAUCUCCCGAUGUCUCUUAAGAAACGGUGGGGGCUCUUGAUCGUAACCCUGCUGCGCACCAGAUUAUUGAGCUGCUUCUCGCCGCACAUGGAUGAGCUGUUAAAAUAUGCAGAAAUAUUAUUUUGGAUGUUGCAGCUUGCCUGAAAGCAUUUCAGUGAGCUAAGAGGGAAGUUAGGUUGCCUCGUAAGAUAGUAAUUGAAAUAUUAACCAAAGUAUUUGCAAAUCAUGCCCCUCCCCAUAAAAUGUGCUGGGGUUUUUUUUUCGUAUAAAUUUUUUUGGUUUAGAAAAACCUUCACCUACUUGUUUAACUUAAUAUUUAAAUGUUUGAUGCUUUGGUGUAUCAGAGGUGACAAUAAACUUAUUUAUGUCCAUUAGGUGGCGUGAAAUCUAAAAAAUAUCUUUUACAUUAAAAAAGUCCUUUUGAGAUGAAGUUGGAUGCAUCUUUUUCUGCUUUAUUUUUACUCUAAAGUUGAAUCACCUUGUAAGCCUUUUCACCAGCAUAUUGCAGUGAGUCAAAUGCUUCACUUUCUUUUUGCAUGCACGAACCUCUUAGGCCUUUUGGGAUAUAAAAGCAUGUGAUAAUAAAAGGUGUUAACAUGCAGUGCAUUUAAAAAUGAGGCAGAUAAGACCACAGCUUUAAAAAAACAGAUGUUUUUUUCUUGUCAACAAGUAAAAUUGAUCUUAUUUUCUGAGAAAGAUAAACAGCUGCUUUAAGAAUCGUGUUGUGGAACUGGACUUUCUAUUGGUGGAGCUGUGGAGAGUGAUUAAAGAAGAAGCAUCCAAGCUGAUGCUGAGGAAGAUUUUUGUUUGUAUUUUACUCUGUGAUCAUGAUGAUUUAACAUGGUGAUGCAUUUUGGUCACAGCUGAGAAGAAAGUGUAUAUUUAUGUACAUAUGACAAGUGUAUUUUUUUCUUUUUCUCUCUCUCUUGCUGAGGCCUGUCUCAGUGUGCAGUUUGUAAUUUAUAGUUGCUCUUGUUGAAAUGGAAACAAACGACAACUAAACGAAUCAAAAUGUGCAACAAAAAAUCCUAAAGAUGCUCAAUCAAAACCAACUGUCAUUGUGUUGUGUUCAACAUGGACUUGGUUUGACUGUGUUUGAUUUUUGAUUGAUUUUUUUUCCCUGAGAAAUGUCUGUUGAAUAUCUCAGUAAUAUUGUUAAUACUGUCACUGUUGUACCGUUUCUGUUGAAAACUGAAUAUUGUGUCUUGUACUGUAGGAAUCCAGAAAACAACGUAGCAAAGCAAGCAAUAAUUUACAGUUCUAUGAUACCAGUAUUUGUAUUUUACGUGUUCUGUACUUCUUUCUCAGACAUGGUCUCUGUCUCUGGCAGCAUCUGCUUCUAUUUGUGUAGUAAAAUAGUCAUUUGUUUCACAUGGGAAAAUACAUAAAGACGAAUUCUUAAAAAAAGGAAAGUGUUA